CUGUGCAGCACGGGGUCUGGUUUGACUGCGGAGCAGCUCUGGAGCCUCAGUCUGCGUCGCAGUUACGGAUCUCUCUCUCUCUCUCCCCGUGUCCAGGUUCUUCUCUGAUCUGGAUCCAUUCAGUGUUUUCACUGUAGAUGUUUGAAGAUCCGCUGACCUCACUUUUGUUUGGUCACUGCGCGCUGCGUAACUGGAGCCACUCAUCCAUCCACGGCUCUGGGAACAUUUCCUCCAGAGACUGAGCUGUUUCCCUGGGUGCAGGUGCAGAGAUGUGGCGUGGACUGUCCCUAUCUCUGUCCGUGUCCCUGUCCCUGUGUCUGCUGCUCAGCUUCACUCUGUGUGGACUUGAUGCUCUGGAGGAGACGAGCACAAGCGCAUGGCGAGUGAAGACGCAGCCAAUGACCGAGGCAACAGUGGCGGCCAAAGCGCACAGGGACGCUGCCUCUUCCUCCACCUCCUCUUCCUCCACCUCAACCUCCUCUUCUUCCUCUUCUUCACCCGCCAAAGCGCCGGACAGUCUGCGGGAGGGAGAGCAACUGUCCCCGGGGAGAGACGCCCCUGCUGUGGGCGCGAGAGGGAGAGACGAGCCGCCCACCGCGGAGCCUCUGGAGGACGAGCUGGACAACCAGGAGAACGUCAUCAGCCAGUUGCUGGGUGAUUACGACAAAGUGAAGACCGUGUCGUCGGGGUCCGACUGCGUGUGCCGCUGCAUCGUUCGACCGAUCAAGCGCUCCGACUGUGGCGAUGCAACGUCAGCCCCCCAAAGUGCGUACACCGUGGAGACAGUCACCAAGGGAACGGACUGUAAGAAGUGUGUGUGCAUGGCUCCGUCCUCCGCCGUCAACCCAUGCGAGGGAGAGUACAGGUUCAAGAAACUGCAGGAGGCCAGCAAGGACGACAUCAAGUUGGCGACAAUCAUCGACUUGUUGGAGGGCUCUCUGUAUGGACUGGACUUGUUGAAGCUCCAGUCUGUCACCACCAAACUGCUGAGCAGGAUGGACAACAUGGAAAAAGCCUUUGCUCGUAACCUCACAGAGAGAGCACGAGAGAAAGAUCGUGCCAAGGACAGAGCAAAAGAAAAGGAGAAGGAGAAGAAGGCUCAGCAGAAAAAAAAGAAAGCAAAUGACAUGGGGAAUGUAGGACAGAAGGUUCGAGCUCCCGCCUUCGCCAACAAGCAGAAGAAUCACGAAAGUCAGCCAAAGAAGAACCAAGAGCAAGAUGGUCUCGAACAACAUCAGCAGCAGCCGGCCAGCAACAAGACAGGGAGUCAAAAGCCAGUCAAAGAGAAGAACAGCAUGGUCGUCAAAGGCGUGACCUUCUACAAGGCAGAAGAGAGCUACAAGGAGAACGACAGAGGGAGAGCAAGGAAUACUUCUUCGUGGGACUUGCUGAUUUCUGACCAGCUGCCACCUCUCAGGACUCUGCCCAUUCAGCGCCCAGCACCUGCACCCACUGUCAGCGCAGAACUGGACCUCAAGGACUUGUCAAGGCGAGAGAGCAACCCUACACCAACCAGCCGCCCAACGACCACCAAACCAACGCCAACUACAACCGCACCAGCCCCCACGACUGUGAUACCAUCAACAGCAGCUCCAGAACCAACGACGACCACGCCAACAACUACUUCCCAACAAACUACGACUCAGAGAACCACUCCUCAGCCGACCACCCGGCACAGCACCGCGGCUUCACAUACACGUCCACCUGUUGACACGUCUCCUACAGCGGCACCUCAGGCUGGACCUAAAAGUCGACUCAGCUGGACAGAGAGUCCUGCUGACCGACCAAAGGCCACCAAAAAGCCUGGAGUGUGUAAGGACACGGUGGCCAGCCUCUCUGAUCCGGUCCAGCACAACUCUUACGGCCUGAGUGACGGUGCCUGGAUGAGAGAUGCACGCGGCCACGGCAAUGUCAUCUACCUCACCAGUGGUCACUAUAGCAACAGCCUCCUCGAGUUUCGCGACAUUGAGGCCCUCAAAUCAGGUCAGGCGAGUAAUUCAUACAAGCUGCCCUACAGCUUCACUGGAACAGGCCAUGUGGUGUUUAAUGGGGCCUUCUACUACAACCGCGCAUUCAGCAGGGACGUCAUCAGAUACGACCUGAGGCACAGAUACGUCGCUGCCUGGACCACACUGCACGAUGCCUUACUGGAGGAGCAAGGUCACAGGACGCAGACUGAAGUGGAACUGGCUGUGGACGAGUCGGGUCUGUGGAUACUCUAUCCUGCUCUGGACACAGAAGGCUUUCACCAGGAGGUAAUCCUGCUUGUCCACCUCCAUCCCCGCGAGCUUCAGCCGAUACGGACCUUCCGCACAGGUCUUCGGCGCGGUCGCUAUGGAAACAGCUUCCUUGUUUGUGGUGUGCUCUACGCUGUGGACAGCAUGGAGCGCCACUACGCUAACGUGACGUACGCCUUCGACACACACACGCUCACACACACCGUGCCGAGCCUAGCGUUUACGAACAUGCACGGGCACACCUCACAGCUGGCUUACUGCCCGCUGGACAAGAAACUGUACGCGUGGGACAACGGGCACCAGAUGAUAUAUGACGUCAUCUUCGCCUAUUAGCGUAAAUCAUAAGAAAGCCAACUCACACAGUGGAGGUGCGUCAAGCCUUACUGAACUGCAUUGUGGGUCCGUAGCUUUGCUUUGCUUGCACUGUGUGCGUCAGAGGUUGAGAUUCACUAUAUGGACAAAACUAUUCGGAUGACUGACGAUGACAACAACAGGGCCUGUAAUGACUUAAUACAUAUAUAGUACUAUAAUAUGGAGUUGGUCCCUCUUUUGUAGCUAGAACACUUUCUUGGAAGGUUUUUCCUCAAGAUUUGAAAGUUUUUCUAUGGUGAAUUUGUGUCCAUUCAUUCUGUAGAGCAUUUAUGACGUCAGGCACUGAUGUUGGACGAGGAGGUUCUGGCUCACAAUCUCUGUUCCAGUUCAUGCCACAGGUGCUCGAUAGGGUUGAGAUCAGGGCACUGUGUGGGACAGUCAAGUUCUUCCACACCAAACUCAUCAAACCGUGUCUAUAGUCGUUGUUUUGUGCACAGGGGGAACCGUCAUGUUGGAAUAGAAAAGGGCCUUCCUUAAACUGGAAGCAUAGCACUGUCCAAAAUGUCUUGGUAUGCUGAAGUGUUAAGAUUGGCCUUCACGGGAGAUAAGGGGCCUGAUGGAAACACCUGAAUUCAAUACUUAACAGGUGUGGCUGAAUACUUUUGUCCAUAUAGUGUAUAUUUCCGCAAAUACUCCAGCACAGGUGCUAGCCAAUCAAAUGGCCUUCAGCUCAAACACUACACAUCCCAAAGAGAGCUCUCGGACACCGUUGUUUUUUGUCGGAAAAAGUGCACCCCAGCAAUGGCGAACAUUGCGUUACAUCAAAAUCAUGUUAGCGACAUUAGCAACUCUUGCUACAUAGUUAGCCAUGACACUGCUCUGCUAAACUCUGAUUGCUACCCACCACCACCACCACCAAGCGUUAAGUUCAGAUCAUCACCUCAGCUGAUGUCCACAGAGUUACAACAUGCUUUUAGUCUAAACAGUUAUAAAAACUAGCCAGUAGGGGGAGCUCCCCUAAGAACUACUACAUGUAAGAGGAGGACAACAGCUUAUUUGUGCAAGUGUCUCAGUUUUGUGGUGAUGCGUUCAAAUUUAACCACUAUAUUUUACUUCAGACGUUAUUAAAGAAAACUUAAGCAUAUAAAAAAAAUGACAAAAACAUUUAUAUAUAUUUUUUAAAAAAAGAUGUAGGUUUGUUUCCUCCUGCAGGUUCUGGAGCCCUUUUAGAUGCUCUUAUGUCGGGAUCAGACUACACAGCAUUUUUGUCUUUCACGAUGGUCACCAUGUCGUAUCUUGUUCUGGGGAACUAGCAACACUAAGCAAGUAUGACCCCCCCCCCCAACCAAUCAUCGUUCACGACACUGUGCAAGUUCAUAGGUCAUCAGGGAGGCGGGGGGCAAGGGCAGUCAAUUAUUAUCUCAGCGUUGCUGAAGUGCCUCCGCUAUCUCUAGCCAAGAUUUAGUUUUUUAACUUUGUCGUGGUAGUCCCUUGACAAGACUUUAAAGAGUCAGAGGCAUAUUUCAGGGUCACUAACAGCAGCAUGUUUAUGUCUGUAUGUUAUGCUGUGUCAGAGCACUCUGCCAAUGUCCAGGAGCAGGUAUUCUAGCAUUUUAGAAGAAAAUUCGAACAUCUGGAAUCGUGGAACAGCCCAGACACCAAAUCUCUGUUCUUCAGUUAUGUUACAUUACACAUCCCGAUGUUCAUACUCAGGUCCGACACUGGAAAUGUGUCAGUCACGACCAAAUUGCUUGAAAAUCGGCAUGAAUUUUGUGUCGUCUAAUCCCGGCAUAAUCUCCUAAGAAUAUAUGGGAGGCAUUUUUAAAUAUAUACUGAUUCUGAAGAAUGCGUUUGUAAGGCGAGGGACUCACAAUAUUAUGUGUACAUACAAAUACUGUAUAUACUGAAUAGUGAUGUUUUUAUAACGUAUGUCUGCUUAACAUGUUGCCUAUUUACCGUCACUUCAGUGCUGUCAUACGCUGAGCAGAGAAGCCGUGUGCUGUUAGUGCUUCACCGGUCAAUGGAGUUCAGUCACAAAUAUCACGGCAACACAUUUAGAUGUUUCUCACAUCAGUUUUUUUUUGGUUUUUUUAACCCAAGACAAGGUUAAUUUCAACUGCGGCCUUUUUGGUUUGUUAAUUUAUAAUAAAAUGUUUCUAAAGAUGA